CAGGCGCUAACAGAAGUAACCAGCCAGAGUUGAAAUCCAAGUUUGAAUCCAAAGAAAAGACAGGAGUAAAUACAGGAUAAGAUAGUAAACAGAAACUAACAAAGUUUCUGACUGCACAAAGUUAUUUAUGUAGUUUUGGUUAGUUGUUUGCUUUGCUUCAUUUCUCUGCUUAUGUGACGCUUGACUUUCAAUCUUUGAAGACUUGAGAGGCUGCCUGCUGGGAGAGACUUUCACCUGAUCUACCGACCACUUUGUUCACCUUAGAAGCAGGAUGGCUGAGCUGCCUUCUUUUCCACGGAUGUCCACACUGUUGCUUUGCAUUCUGGGUAUGACCAUGAUGACAGCUGGCUUCCCUCACGCUCGGCUGCAUUUCAGAAGUUCAGAUGAUUCAGAGGAGCCUGAACGAGACGACUGGGACGUCCUCUUCCCCUCCAUCUCUCUCCACGAUUGGAGCAUUCAGAUGAUGUCCAGCCUCGGAGCGGCAGCCAAUAGCAAAGAAAGACUGAUGAGGGAGGCGUGGCUUUUUGGCCCAGAAGAAGCAGAGGCCCGCGACGAGAGGGCGUGGCCUGCUGAGUGGUCGUCUCCCAGCGGCGGUGUGGUGAAGAGGAACAUGGUGGUGGCCGACGAUGCUGCGUUCAGGGAGAAGAGUAAACUCCUCACCUCCAUGGAGAGACAGAAGUGGCUCAACUCGUACAUGCAGAAACUGCUGGUGGUCAACUCUUCGUGAUAAACAGGAAAUACCCCCGAGUCUUUAGUGAAGAUAGGCGAGGUCACCAAUAGAAAGAAAAUGUUGUGAUAUACUGUAUGGUGGACAUUAACACCUGCUUUAUUUUUAGUGUAUAUGCAGAGCCUCUGAAAUUAAUUUCUAAUCCCAUUUCUCGAUUUUAUCUCAAUUCUACAUUUUUUUAAAUCAUUGAUAUCCAAAGUAUUUAAUCUAAUUUAUUGGUGAUGAAAAAAUCUGAAGUGAGUUUGUUGGUCCUGCUGAAAAUAUUUUAUUGAUGGACAAAUAAAUAAAAGUGCACGGUA